CCGAGCCGAUAACAUACCGUGAUAUCAUGUUUCCGUCAACAUCGGGCUUUAUACUAUGCAUACUAGACCUAAAGAACGGGAAAGAUUUCUGCAUUUAAUAUGAUUAGUGUUAAACAUCAGGUAUGAAAUCUACUGGCAAAACGGUUGUCGUCUUUUGUGUUCUCGGUUUACUUAUAGUAUUAAUUCAUUUCAAAUAUAAUCACAUUUGUCAUGGACGACUUGGAAAAUCCAUGUUAACUCAAAGAAGCAAUGAAGUUAAUGACAAUGCAGUGCGCGAAUGUCGGUAUGUCUUUCUGGAUUUGGGUUCAAACAAAGGUGUGCAAGUUCGGAAAUUAUUUGAACCUAAUCUUUAUCCAAAGGCUUUAAUAAUCCCCGUAUUCGACCGGGUUUUUGGAAAUAUCUUCGAAAGGCAAAAAUAUGCCUGUGCAUUUGGCUUUGAAGCGAACCCGAGGCAUAUGAAAAGACUAAAAUUUAUUGAAGAGUCGUACAAAAACAAAGGCUUCCAAGUGGAUUUUUACAACCUUGCUGUUUCAGAUAGGGACAAUGCCAUAGUAACAAUCUUUUCGGAAACAAACUUUAAUCUGGAUUGGGGAGCAGGAAUUUUAGACCAAGCCAUCAACAAUAAGGCCAAUAUGACAAGGUAUAAGGUACACACAGUGGAUAUAGUGAAAUUCAUCGUUGAAACAAUAAAUCCUUUGAAACCAAAAGCAGUUUUUAUGAAGAUGGACAUUGAAGGCUCGGAGUUUUUGGUAGUGCCUCAUAUGAUAAAGAAUAAGGUUUUGUGCAAGGAUAUCAUAACAUCAGCGGGUAUCGAAAUCCACAAAUGGGCAGGAAAACCACUGAAUAUGUCAUUAGACAUGAGAGAAUUAGAGCAUAAUUUGAAACAACAGGAAUGUGUUCCAACAAGUGUUAUUCCGCUUGACGAUGAAACAUAUAACAUGGACGUAGCAAUUAAUCCGGAUAGCUGAUCAAUUAACCACCUAUCUGUAUUAUAUGCAUAUACAAUUUAGGGACGGAUCCAGCAUUUGAAAUUAAAUAAUGGCAUUUGUAAUAACUUGUAGCCCAACACAUGUGAUCAUUUGUUUAUUAAAUGUUUUUUUUUUAUACUUUUGACAGAGAUGAAUAAAAUUGAGAGUAAACUGACAUUAAAUAGGGGGAAUAUGGGGCGCAGUGUGGCGAGUGUGACCUUCCAGCAGAAAUCGAAAUAAAUAUGCUUUGGUUUAGACAUUUUCUAUUUCGAUCUAACAUUAACAAUUAAUUCAGUUCAACAAAUUUUGAGCAUAAUCAUAAUUAUUAAAGACCAAAUAUGUUAGGCAAAAAAACAUGAGCUUUUCCAAAAAAACAAACAUUUGUGUAGACAGAAUUGAGAAGAAGGGUUUUAAGCUUAUGUUUUGCAUUUAUUUCUGGAUGUGGUCAAAGAUAUGUUUGUUUGUCAGAUAUGAGACUUCCAUCGAUCCAAAGUUUAAUAGUUGAAGAGACAAAUGACCAACGGAGGAUAACUAUCCAACUGGAAUAUUUUGUUGCACGUUAUAUUUUGGACAGGUGACGAAAUAGUGGCAGGUAUCCUUAAUUUCACCGCAUUGACAAUAAUGACUGUUUUUUUUAUUUUUAGAAUAGCUGUUUAAUGAGAUUACUACACUGCAUAUGCAACCUAGCAUGAUUAAAACAAUAUCUGCGGUCACCUUCCUAGUAGAAAUCAAGAACAUGUUUUAUGUUCUUAUUUAGUUUGUAUCUAAAAGAAGGCACAGGAGGCGAUGAACGAAUUUCUUCCGGUAUGGCUUUCCAUGCGGAUGAAGUUGAUGGUAGAAAUAAACUCGUUUACAACUGUAAUUAUAUUAAAUGUUCAGGUUAGCUGCAUUUCAAAGAAUGUACGAAGAAGAAUCGGCAACUCUUGAUGGAAUCAGUGAAGUUAGAUACGCUGGUGCUAGUGAGUGGAACAUCUUGUAAAAUACUUUAUAUUAGUAAAAGGUUUAUGUUAAUGUCGCCUUUCCUUAAGUAAUUCGAUUCCAGGUUCAACAUAAAGAUUAGUCAAAGAUACUAGUCGCUUUACACCGGCUAUAAUUCUCGCCGCCUCAUGUUGAACGAUUUCUAAAUCGUCCCAAUCUGCUUGCGUUAGACUAUCCCAGACUAUAUCGGUUUACUUCAACAUAGCUUAAGAAAUGUAAAAUAUAUACUUUCAUGCAACGUACAAAGAACGUAUUGGAAUGAUCGUGUGUGGUAAAUUCGCUGCCAAGCCGUCUGUUUCACGGAUUAUAUACAAUCGUGCCAUUAACAGGUGCUGAAGAUUAGACGCCGAAAAGUUUGAGUGUAACUUCAGAAAUUUGAGUAUUAUUCAUGAAUUGCAAGAGGUGCAAAGGCAUAUUAGAGUUUCUACAGAAAAGAAACAACUUGGUUUUCAUAUGAUUGAAUGUAGCAAGUCAUCUUUAUGCCAACAUAUGCAAAGUUUAGGUAAUCAGUAAGUUGCUGAGCAGGAAACACAGGGUACUCAACACUUAAUUACAAGAGUGUAUCAUCUGCGAUGAGUCGUAUGUCUGAUUGUACAUCAAAACAAACAAUUACAUGGAUGUAGAUAAGAAAGAGCAAAGGCCCAAGAAUUAAGCCUUGUGGGUCUACAGCUGGUAUUGAACUUGUAUCAGUCAAUAAACAGACAGAACAUUA